GAACAAAGCUAUUUGACAGAAGACUUUUUGUACUAAAUGGAGUAAUAAUCUGACGUUUAAAAUUCAAGACUGAACAAGUUAAGCACGUGUGAAGUUGUUAAAAUAGUUUAUAUUUUUUUUCAAUUUUAAGUUGCUAUACUAAAACCAACAAUAAUCUGCGUUUAAAUUAACCCUUUAAAUACUAUUUUUGUCAAAUUUGUAAGUAUUAUAAAAAGUGAUAGUAAAAAUGUCUUCAAAGGGAUCUCGCCGAAGUUUAAGCAGAUCAAAUACACCUUCUUCAAUACUUAAAAAAUCAAAAACUUUAAAAAGUAGAUUAAGUGAAAUACAAAAUACACCUACAAAGGUCAGGUUUGUGUUGCCUCACUCUGAAAAAGUAAAGUCUAUUUUGGAAGAGUUCUCAUUGAAUGGUGUUUCUCGUGAAUAUGAACAGUUAGUCAUCAUGAUUAGAGACGCCGAACUCACAGAUUCGGAUAUUUCUGCUUUAUUAAAAGAAGCGUCAGAGUGUAUAUCUUUACUGAAUCAAACAUUGAGAUUAUUUGUAGAAGCACUUAUUUCAAUAGAAUGGAUAACCAAAAGUGUUGCCGUGGUUUCAGAAUACCAAACAUUUAUUGUUGAUCUAUUGUCUGCUCAUAACUAUCAUUCCAAGAUGGUAAUAGAAAAGCUAGUUCGACUAUUUUGGCCAAGUCCAGUUGAACCCGAUUGGCCAGAUGGAAUGCCCACAGAUGAGGAUUGUGGGAAAUAUUUACACAUCCAUACCUUGUUCAAUAUCUUAUUAGCUAUAGUCCCAAUGUGUAAAGAAUUGUUUCUGUCUUCCAUAUCGAAUCAAUUCCCAUAUUAUAAUAGAUCUACUCAUGUUCAUGAAGUGUAUGUUCAUAAUCUACUUUGGAUUCUAGAAUAUCAACCAACUCUAAGACCUGAAAUUUUAAGGUUAAUAUUUUCCAAAUUAAUUAUAAUGGAUGUUAAUGCGCCAAAAGAGGAUAUAGAAAAAUAUCUAAAUUCCGAAGAAGAUAUAUUUGCAAUGGAUGAGGAUUCAAAAUCUGUUAAGACAACAACCACAGGGUUUACUAAAGUUAAUAGACAUGAAUUAGCACAUACUUUAGACAUAUGUUUGGAUAAAAUUUUCAAUCACUUAAUUUCCGAAUGCUAUGAUUGUGAAGGUUUGCAUUGGGAAAAAACAAAAAAGUUGUAUUUUGAUAUCUUGCAUAUAUUUGAUGAUAUUAUAUUGCCCACUUAUAAUUUGCACCACCUACAAUUUACAAUGUUUUUAUUGGGUAGUUUUAAACAUAGUAUAUCAGAAGCAUUUCUGAAUUAUUUAUGGAAAAAAGUUUGUAAUCUUAACGUAGCUCCGAUUUUAAGACAGAGCGCUGUUAACUAUAUUGCUAGUCUGGUAGCUAGAGGAAAUUUCAUCCCAUUAGCCAUGCUAAAGGGUACAUUACAGCAAUUAGCCGAAUGGAUACACAGUUAUAUUUUAGCACAAGAUGGUUUAGAAUACGUUAAUUCAGAUAUUCGAUCUCAUUCAGUAUUUUACAGUGUUUGUCAAGCUUUAUUUUAUAUUAUAGCCUUCAGGCAUAAGGACUUUGUUACUUCAAAAAAAAAUAUAACCUUUUUGGAAUGUCUCAACUUAGGUAAAAUUGUAACUUCACGAUUAAAUCCAUUAAGGGUUUGUCAACCAGCUGUUGUUCAAAAUUUUGCUGCGGUCACUAGGAAAUAUCAAAUAGCCUAUUGUUAUUCUAUCAUAGAACACAAUACAAGGAAUACUUUACCUACAAUAUAUCAAGAUGAAAAAGGCAGUAUCGUCAUGUCUAAUAACGUUUUAGAUGCUUUUUUUCCAUUCGACCCUUUCAUUUUAAAAAGAUCGGGUAAGAAGAUUCAACCCAUUUAUAAAGAAUAUGAAGAAUUUUAUGAAGAAACGUCCAAUCUAGUCGAGGAGAAGAAAGAAACCACAGAUACGGACGAUUUUCUAUUUAAUGAUAGUGGAAGUGUUUCCAAAAAUAAAUCUAAUCAAUUUUCAUAUGGAAGUUCUCCUGGAUUCAAAUUCAAAUGAUUUUAUUACUUAAACAUGGUUCCGUAGAACAAUGCUCGCAAUUGAUUUUAUGGAAUCAUUUUAUUUUUUGAAAACUGCAUAGAGCAAAUUACAAACCUUUAAAAAGAACAACUGUUAUCAAUGUGUGGUCUGAUGAGUAAUAACGAUAAAACUAUAUGAUUUAUAAAAGUCUGAACAAAUUUUGUGUAAUAAAAUUACUGUAAAACACGUAAUUCAUGAAUUACAUUCCAUUGAAUGUUCCCAAUACUGAUGUCUGUCACUGCUAAAAUUCCUGUUCCACUUAACGUUCUGAAUGCCUAUGUGUGUGACUAUAUUUUUUUGAAUUCUUAAAGCCGUGAGCGUUAUAUUGAUAUUGGUGAAAUACACAUCUUGAGCCCUGCGGGCUAAAAAUAAGGUGGCUUGGUGAAUUUAGUAUUGACUGGGAUAAAAUUUUAUUCAAGAUGGAUUGUAAAGUUACAAUUGUUGUGAGCGUUAAGUCAAAUGAACCCUACCUCGUCAUGUUACAAUUUGCAUAUCUAAAAAUUUUAGAAGCAAAUUUUGAUAUAGUUAUUUUAGUUCGAUCUCACUGAAAAAUAACCGUUUCCUUCGAGAUUCCUAUAGAACAAAAAUUUCAAUUAUUUUUAUCAUCAAUAAAAACCAAAAAAAUUAUGUGUAGUUUUUCAACUUUAUAAUUUAUUUAUACUUGAUUCAUAUUCAUACUCUCGUUUUUUAAGGUUUUUCUUCCAAAACGUAAUGUCUAGUUGAUAAAUGAAUUUCCUUUCUAGCUGCUUUGAAAAUUAUCAAAUAUUUUUUAUUCCCAAGAAAAGUAGCUGCAACAAAAUAUAUUAAAUUUAUUCAACAACGAUAUUAUAAACAGAAAGAUGUGUGUGGAAAAAUGUUGAAUAUGGUCAUAUAUUCUAGGAAAACUAGAAAAGUUAUUGGUAAAUAUUUAUUUACUAAUAUUUAUUAUUAAAUUAAAUACUAUUUACACUAACGAGUCCUACUGCUAAAACGUGUCUAUAGGUGUAAAAUUUAUUGUUCCUUUGUGUUGUUGAAAGAAAUUUUAAGCAGCCAUGAUGGUAAUGGAGUAAUUAUAUUGAUAAUUUUGCAGUUGCAAUUUAUUAUAUAGUGGUGUCAAUAUAUUUUUCAACUUUCUAGGUCUACGACAUGUAAUAAAUUCAAGUCUUUAAAAUAAUCAUUUUCAUCCACUGAUCUUUUAUAGUUUAUAGUUUAGUUGUCUGGUGCCCCCGAAAUCCAUUUUCAGUAAAAACAACUUAAAAACGCCAUUCUGUGGGAAUUUAUACUUUCUAUUGACCUGUUCAUUUAUUUGGCCGCAUAACAGUCCAAACCCAAUGUAAAAUUAUAUUUAAAAAUUAGCUAUAAAAUCAAAUUGCACCUACUCCAUCUAAUUUGAGUUUCACAUAGCACUAAAUCCACUUAAUCAAUACUAUUUUGUUGUCUAUGUGUUUUAAAUGGUUAAGCUCUUACCACAUAAGAAUCGUGGAAACAAUCGAGCUGGUUUUCCCUGUGGUGGGCCAUUCAUACAUUCCUCCGGAUAGAAUGUUAGCAAAAAUUGAAAAGGAAAUAAUAAAAAAAGAACCAAUUUGUUAAGCCAAAAGAUUAUCUAAAUGUUCUUGAACAAACGUACAGCUUUUAAAUAUUUACGAUAUUCCUAACAGUGAUUGGAAAACCGCAGGUGAAUAAAUCCUGGAACCAGUUUCAAAGUGACAUUAUGAAUUUAAUAAAUGCAAAAGUUUUAUUAUACGGCGUGGUAUAAAGAACUUCAUCACUAUCAGAGGCGAGCUGUGCUGAAAAGGCCAGUCAUAUAUUAAUAGCAAAUUCCUAUUGGAGUAAAACUAAGGAAUGUGGAUAACCUAUUAGGCAAUCACUACGACAAGGAGUGAAAAGUUCUGGAAUACUGAAAACAGGUAGUGGAAAAAUUAUUCGAACAUAAUAAACCCAUUGAUAAUUCCGGUGACGGAAGAUGAAGACUAAGAAAAUAGUUUUUGUGAACAAACUGACAAUAUUCCUGACAUGUUAGUUUAAUCUUUUUUUGUAUUUCAUUUUUCGGUAAUUACCCACGUAAUUUUGCUGUAAUGUUUCUCUCAAAUAAAUGUUUUCAUUUCGUAAAGUGAGGUGAAUUUCUGUGAUUUUAUUUUCAAAUUACUUCUAAUUCGUUUUCUAUAUUCUCAAACUCCCCUAAAUACAUUUUUACACGUUAAUAAUUAUGCUCUUAUAUAUUUUCCUAACAUAAUUUCUUAAAAAUACUCAGAAAAGCUUACUCAACUAGUUUUUUUCCUCAAAAAUUGUAAUUUAUUAUCUCGUUUAAGUUUUCUAAUACUUCUUCAUAUACAAUUACCAUAUAACCAAGUAACCAUAUAUGGGAACAAAAAGUGAACUAUUUUUUUAAUGCAAUUGCUACUAUAACAAAAUCUGUAAUGAUUUACAAGAAACGAAUGUGAUUAUAUUAAAAAUUUGUGAUUUAUGAUUUCCACAUAAUUAAGCUACUGUUUAAUUUGAUAUUUCUUGAGCACCUAUUGAAGCAAUAGCUUCAUCUCAAACUUACAUGUGAACAUUAUACUAUUAUAAAAUUGUGAAUACUAAUAUUUUGUAAAUCGAACGAAAAAAAAACGAAAUUACUCCCGAAUUCAAUCCCCUAAAACGAAUAUAGUUAUCUUCCUUUUUAGGUUUACUGUCAAAUCAUUAGUUACUUCUUCACUAUAUAAACUAAGUGAUCUUGUUUUCUAUAUAAUUACAUAUGUCAUUGCAUUAAUGAAACGUACCUAAUCGGUGCAUUUCACGAAGCGUUCACGGCGCUUGAAAUAUUCUUUUGGGCGUUCCAAAUAGCGACUACGAUCGUUGUGGUCGUGGCGAGAAAGUCUUAUGACGUCAUGACUAACGUUCACGUGGGUCAAGAGCUGGGUCGAGGUGAGCGUUGAAAGAAUUAGCGGAAUUUUCAAAACUCGACCAACGCAGAUUGCAGCCAUGAGAAUCUAUCUCAUUAUUUGAUGCGGUAUGGGAUAUUAUAAGUACUUUUGAGACUUUCUUGUGACUCACCAUUUUACUAUCUCCGCAGAAGAUAUUUUGAUUUUAUUUUAAUGUAAAUCAGGACACCACUAAAAAAUUCAAUAACUUACAAAUUAUAAGUGGAGCGGGAAAGAUCAUAAUCGUAAACGUGAUUAUCGUGUGUGCUUAGUGAAAUGCACCCAUUGAUUAUUUAACUAAGACAAUUUUCCAAAAAGUAAGGUUAACUUGUUAAAUACUAGUCUGUUAAAAUAAACUCAAUCAUUUACAUUAUAUAUAAUAAAUAUCUAAAUUAAAUUAGAUCCAUUUCAAAAUAAACAAUUGUACUAUUGAACUCAGAAAACUCAAUGUGUCUAUAAUGAUUGUAUUUACUAACUUCAAGUUGUCAUGAAACCACGGGAAACCGAAAAAAUUGCAAAUGGCUCAAUUUUGAAUUAUUAUAUUGUAAAAUGUUAUUUAAUUGCGUAAUAUGAGAAGGUUCAGACAAUAUUACUUUUUGAACACCUUGUAAUUUUUCUUAACACAGAUACUUGGCACACAUUUGAAAUGUAAUUUUUUUAUUCCAAUUUAGUUUCGGAUUUAUUAGACACUAGGUGCAUAUGUUUUAUAUUGUUGAUUAUGACUAGCCAAAUUGUCCCCAUAAGUGACCAUAUUCAAUGUAUUGUUACGUUAUUUUUCACUUUUGUGCUACAGAGCAUGUCGACUCAAUAUGGAUACCUUUAAAUACAAAAUGUUACGUUACAUCAACCCAUUUUUUUUUAUUAGUUUUAUACCCUGUUAUAGAGAAGUAUGAAUUUUUUUCAUUAUUCACAAUUUUGGCUUAUGCUUUAUAGAAACUUUUACAUGAUAUGGAAAAAUAGUUCAUUCAGAUAGUUUUUUGUCAAAAGCGGUUAGAGAUAAUGUUCGACUUAGAAUAUUGAAAAUUUCUUUCCACUACAAUAACUAAAAUUCACGUAUCUACUUACUUACAGCAGCGAUAAAAAUCUAAAUCAACUCCUAGUUGAUAUAAAUAUAUCAGAUGAGAUUUAACUGUCCAUAGUUUUUUGUAUAUUUUAAAAAAUGUGUUUAUAUAAUUCUUACGUAAUUAGUAACUAUUAAAAUUGAAAAAAUCAUAAAAUAUAAUCUUGUAUGUAAAUAAGUUUUAAACAAAUUAACUCUAUAACGCGACUGUGAUUUGUACGAAAUCUAUUAUUCAAAUACAAUGUUAAAGAUU